AAAACUCCGUAAAAAAAAAGCCUUUUAAUAUGAACACCGCUACUUAUGUCUCGAACUCAGCAACUCCAUCCUCUGACGCCGCCACCAGUGGAGUUGUUUUAGCUCCGCUCCCAAUGACCGGCGCAACUCAUCAGAAUGCCGAAGAAGAGAAAACUCAUGUUCUUUCAUCAGUCCCCGCCCCUGCCUCCGCCUCCGCCUCCGCCCCAGCUGUGCAACCCAAGGAAGCAGUCAAUCUCCGGCCACCUGCAAAGCUUCCCUCACGUCCACGGAAACUGCGGAAGCUAUCCCCGGAAAACUCAGAGUCAUCGAUGAAGAGCAGCAACAACAACAACAGUAAAAUAGUCCCUCGACCUCGAUUAAUGGCAGCAGCCCACCACCACCGUUCUCUCUCCUUGGAUGGCGAAAUUGAGAUUGCCCUAAACCAUCUGAGAACUGCGGAUCCAAAUCUUGCUAAGCUGAUCGACCUCCAUCAACCCCCAACAUUCGAUUCCUUUCAAACCCCAUUCCUUGCCCUAUCAAAGAGCAUUUUAUACCAGCAGCUUGCUUACAAAGCCGGAACUUCAAUCUACUCUCGUUUCGUCGCUCUUUGCGGUGGUGAGUCGGGUGUUGUUCCGGCAACCGUUUUAGCAUUGACGUCUCAACAGCUUCGCCAAAUCGGUGUUUCGGGCCGUAAAACGAGUUAUCUCCACGAUUUAGCGAGGAAAUACCAAAACGGGAUUCUGUCAGAUUCCGCCAUUGUUAACAUGGAUGAUAAAUCCUUGUUUACUAUGCUCACUAUGGUGAAUGGAAUUGGGUCUUGGUCUGUUCAUAUGUUUAUGAUUUUCUCUUUGCAUAGACCAGAUGUUCUACCUGUAAAUGAUCUAGGUAUUAGGAAGGGGGUUCAAUUGCUAUAUGGAUUACAGGACUUGCCUAGACCUUCUCAGAUGGACCAGCUUUGUGAGAAAUGGCGCCCUUAUCGGUCCGUGGCAUCUUGGUAUAUCUGGAGGUUGGUUGAAGCCAAAGGGACUCCUACUUCUUCUGUAGUCACUCUACCUGCUGCUGGGAUGAGUUUGCAGCCGCAGCAGCAUAUGUCCCCCCUACCUUCACCUCACCAGCAACAGCAAUCGCAACAGCAGCCGCACUUUAUUGAUCCCAUGAACACCAUUAUCAAUCUUGGUCAGUUGAGCUGAAAAUUCAUCUGCAAGACUUUGUAAUUAAUCCGUCUAACUCCAUUGAAGGCUAUGGUCAUUGAAAAGAAGUAAAGGUGAAGGCUAUGGUUAACUUAUUGCCUAUGACAGCCGCAUAACAGCUCAAGCCUUAGUUUUGAGGUUGGUGACCAGGGAAGGGGCAUCGAUUAAAAAGGAUGAAUGAAUGAGUUAAUCAUAAUUCAUGACUUGAUGUAUGCACAUUAAUAGAUUAAUUUGGAGAGUUAACCUUGUGUUUAUGUAUUUGGGGUUAAUAGAUUAUUUUGGAGACUGUAAGCCAUGCCAAAGGUAUGUAUGAGAAUUUCGAUUUUGGCUAGCAUUUUAUUUUAUUUUCCUUUUUUGAACAUAAGCUUAUAGAAAAAGAGAACUAAAGGAAGUUAGUAAAAGACAAAAGAAGUGUUGUUACU